UCUCUCUCUCUCUCUCUCCGAAUAAAACCGACGGUUUCCGCGAAUGUGCGAGCUGCCUCCUUGCAAGCAGCCAUAAUUGGGAUUAUUCAGGAAUAAUUCGCCUAAUCCAGCCGCGUUGUUUUUUUUUCCAAAUCGUGAUAUCGACAACGUUUGGAGACGUGACAUCGCUGGAUUUGUCAGAAAUGUAUUUGUUCUGUCACGCAGGCGUUUUUUUUUAUUGUGGACUUUUAAAAUGUAGUCCACCUUCGCUGAACAGCAAAACAAAGACUGCAUAUUAACAGUUCAGGGUAAAUACAUCGCCCUUUUUUGACUGAAAGAUGGGAGAGAGAGACGUAUCGAGGCUGUUGUCUGUGUGGACUAAUUGUGCUGGUGCCACUAGCCAAUGUACAUGCCAAGACAAUUCAUUUAGGGGAUGCGCGAUCUUUUUUUCCCUCUCUCUAACGUUUGUGGGUGGGUUAUUAUAAGCAUUGUAAAUCUGACAUCAUUUGGAUAUAUAUGUGAACAGAACCAGAUAUGUUUUUUUAUCGCGUCUGUUUCUAGCCUUCUGGAAAUCUAUCUUCGACGUGAUGCAACAUAAAAUCUGUUUUUUUCGGAUGAUAUUCAGACACAAAUGAACACAUCCCUCUGUAUGAGACUGUAAACGGGUGGCGGUGGAUGUUUGUUUUUUUAUACAUAUCUCUUAAAUGUAGCAGAGUCCUCACCCUGGAUUGCUUGAUCAGCUGUUGAUAAUUUUUAGAUAGCCUCUGCCGUCUUGUGUUUAUUAGGCUAUAUGUUGCUGAAUUCGAUUUUCUCGCGAUGGAUUUAUGCAUAACAGGUGUUGUUUGAGCCCAAGAGCACAGCACGAGCAUGAGGCUUUAUUAUGUGUUUUUCUCUCGAUUUAACAAACGGUGAAACAAAGAGACUGGGAUCAAUUUUUUUGUUUUUGCCUUGAGAGAAGAGCAGAUCCAAAAAAGAUGAAGGGAUGAAAGGUGGUGAGGUUGUGGACAAAGAGGAAAGAUGAAUCUGUCAUGUAGAAAAGAUCCUUACGGCCUCUCCUUGUAAAGACGAGAGCGCCGUGGGAGACGACGGCUGUAGGAGGAUCAGUAGUGUUUAUAAAAGGGCCAGGCCGAACCAGGCAGGCUCUCGUGGAAGGUAAUAGAAUGGCUAACCAGAGCUUUGCCAUCGAUGGCCCUGGCAGUUUGCUGGCUGUGCUGGCUUCGCAGAGUGGAAUGGCAAGAGGCGGCAGCAGCAGCAGCAGCAGCAGCAGUGACGGCAGCGGCAACAGUGGAGGAAUAUCUGCCACAGAUGUGUCUGCCUACUUUAAGCUGGUCUUCUUGGGUUUGAUCAUCUGUGUGAGCCUCGUCGGCAACCUCUUGGUCUCCCUGCUGGUUCUACGAGACAGGACACUUCACAAGGCCUCCUACUUCUUUCUCCUGGACCUGUGCCUGGCAGAUGCAGUCCGCUCGGCCGCCUGCUUCCCCUUUGUGCUGGUUUCCAUCCACAACAGCUCGGUCUGGACUUACAGUGCCUUGAGUUGUAAAGUUGUGGCUUUUAUGGCUGUGCUGUUUUGUUUUCACGCUGCCUUCAUGCUGUUUUGUGUGGCUGUCACCCGCUACCUUGCCAUCGCCCACCACCGAUUCUACGCCAAGCGCAUGACCAUCUGGACCUGCGCCGCCAUCAUUUGCAUGGUGUGGACUCUGGCCGUUGCCAUGGCGUUCCCACCUGUCUUCGAUGUGGGGACAUACAAGUUCAUCCGUGAUGAGGAUCAGUGCAUUUUUGAACACCGCUACCUGAAGACCAACGACACCCUGGGCUUCAUGCUCAUGCUGGCUGUGGUAGUCCUGGCCACGCACGGCUUCUACGCCAAGCUGCUGCUGUUUGAGUACCGUCACCGCAAGAUGAAACCUGUCCAGCUCGUGCCAGCGAUCAGCCAGAACUGGACCUUCCACGGUCCUGGGGCCACAGGUCAGGCUGCAGCUAACUGGAUUGCAGGGUUCGGUCGUGGCCCCAUGCCACCCACUCUGUUGGGCAUCAGGCAAAAUUUACACAAUCAACACCGGCGGCUGCUCGGGAUGGAAGAGGUGAGGUCAGAGAGGAGGCUGGGCAGGAUGUUCUACACCAUCACCCUGCUCUUCCUGGUCCUCUGGGCUCCUUACAUCGUGGCGUGCUUCUGGAGGGUGUUUGUCAAGUCCUGCAGCAUCCCUCACAGGUACCUCUCCAUCACUGUGUGGAUGAGCUUCGCCCAAGCCGGAGUCAACCCCAUCUUCUGUCUCCUGCUCAACGAGGACCUGAGGAAAGUGCUGAGAGCUCACCUGCCCACCUACUGGAGGACUAAACAACAUCUUCCCCAGGAUGAGGCCUACUGCAUCAUGUGAUAAGAUAUAUGAGCUUAAUGAAGGGAAUGUUUCAUGUUUUAAAGGGAGAAUUUGGAGAGAAGAAGUGAUGUAACGCACCUUGGUUAAGUGUCUGUUUUGUUGUUUUGCACAACAAAAUAAUUUUUUUUGCCAACAAAUGCAGGCACAGCUUAUUAAGAAUGUUGAUAUUUGAAUACAUGUGUCAGGUGCAGAGGUUUGAACAGGGCAGUAGAAAAGCCCUGGUAACACUUAAAUGGUUUGUAUUUCUGAUGAUGUACUGUAUGAUUAAUAAAUAGGAAAGAUCACAACUAUCACCGCUCCAACUAAGUGUGACAGAUGCCAUUUUAAAAUAAUGUUGCCUUAUUUCAAUGGGACACGCCCCAGAGCUUUCAGCUGAGAAUGAGUUUCUGUGUCACAUGAGGCACAAAACAGACACACAGAGGGUUGAAAUCCUUGAAAAAAUGCGGAAUGUGAAAACAAAGUGUUGAUCAGAGCGUUACUAACUCUGAAAUACAUCAAGGAACUUACAGGGUCUGAAUGGAUUGAUAGACCACCCCGGACGCCUUUUCAUGUAAUUCAAAGGAGACUGCAGAAUAUCGAAUGGACCCAAUAACCUUGGAUACAUUUAAAUAGCUGUUGUGAACCCGAGAAGCCCCUAACAUGCUUGGUUUUUUGGACUUGAUUUAGGGCGUGUCAGGUUUCUUUGUAUCAUAAAAAAAAAUUGCCUGUUUUCCUUCAUUUGUAAACUAUACAUGUUAAGCAGAUGACACUAUUUUGAAAUAUGACUUGAUUUCAUAUUGUACAGACUGUACAGGAAUGUAUAUUCCUGCUUGUGUGUUUUUAUAUAGCAUUCAUGUGUGUGUGUGUGUGUGUGUGUGUGUGUGUGUGUGUGUGUGUGUGUAUGUGUGUGAGAGAGGAAGAGGUAGACAGAGUGGAGAGGAGAGGAGGGAGAAAAAUGAGAGAAAUAAUGAUGAUAGAAUAGGUUCCAGUAAUAUUGAGUCAAUAUGAAAGCAGCCUCAUCUUGGAGUCUUAAAAUCAUGCUUCGUAUGGAAACGUAUCCUUUAAAUGGAUUUCCAUAACUGAACAUGUAGUCUGAUUUGUUUAAAAUGUGAAGUACAGAUGGAUUAUAAAAAAAAAAAGAGGGCCGAAUAAUAAUUUGAAAACAUUUGUGCAAUGUAAACAGGCCAGAGGAUUUAAUGACUUGAAAGAUGAUGUAAAUUACGUCGUUUUAAAAAAUCAUUAGCAAAUGAACAUUUAUUUGCAAAUGAUGAUCUUGGGAAUAUUUUUAAAGUACUGUUAUGCUCUCACCAGAAUACAAAAAAUGAAAAAAUGAAGUGGCACUUAAUGGGAAGGAAACUUGAAUGUUACCAGGCCCUCUUAUAAUUCCCUCCCAACAUAAAUGUCACCAUUUGAGUGUCCUGGAUCACAGGAAGUUCAAAAUCCAAACGUCUUCAGGCUGGACCACAGAGAUGUUUGGUGUGUGGAAACCGGCUUAGAGUACAUGACGUUGUCUUUCCAAAUUAAGAUUCAUGUAAUACAAAUGUCAGACCUACAGUAUGUUAGGCAUAAAUAUAUUUGUGCAGUCAAUUUUCUAAAUGUGGACACUUGCACAGCAUACUGUAUUAGCAUGCAUUCCACUGCAUUUCAUAGAUUCAAGACUGGGGAUUACAACUUGUACAGAUGUUGAUAUGGAAAGACAAAGUAAAACGGGAACUGAAGUCCAUAAUUUUUAUGUCUGGCAUUCCUUCGCGAGAUGAUAUUCUGUAACUGUACAGUUUAACUGAGGUGGUUCUUUUGCCCACUCAUCAAUAAAGACUCUACUUUUGAUGCAUUCUGAGA